UGAUACCCUCACAUGGUAAAGCAUGAUUUUCGUAUGUGGAGCUUUACACUGGAAAGUCUUUGGUCCUGUAUCUUUUUCAAUGGAUUGAGCAAAUAUUAAAGGGCAGAAGUAGAACAGUAAAAAGGAUUUUCCACUUUUCACAUGUCCAUUAGGACUAUUGCAUUAUAGUUUGGAGAUGCAGGGAAUGGCUGGAUUAUAAAAGUCUGCAGAUUUUACCAUCAAGCAAUACCUGCAGUAGGAAAUCACAAGAGUUUUCAUGUCUUUGAUCCAUACGUUGAUGGAUUCGGAUACAAGAAGAAACCGGAUGUGCAGACAAAACAACUACUCUCUUGUGGUUCUUGCUCUUUGUUUACUUCAACACUAUCUCCAUGUCUCUGUAACAUUUGUUAAUGCCACAAGCGAAGUGCACAUUGUAUAUCUGGGGGAGAAGAAAUAUGAUGAUCCUGCGUUGACAAAAAAGUUCCAUCAUAAAAUGCUAACCACCUUGUUUGGAAGCAAACAAGAUGCAUAUAGAUCGAUCAUAUACAGCUACAAGUAUGGAUUUUCCGGCUUUGCUGCAAGAUUAACGGAAUCUCAGGCAGAAGAAAUAGCAGAGUUUCCUGAAGUUGUCCAAGUGAUCCCGAAUCGCGUUCACAAGCUCCACACAACCCGAAGUUGGGAUUUCAUUGGGAUUCAUAAGUAUUCGUCGGACAAUCUUUUAACAAAGAGCAUGGGCAAAGGAACUAUCAUUGGUGUAAUAGAUUCAGGUGUUUGGCCUGAAUCCGAAAGCUUUAAUGAUGACGCCAUGGGUCCUAUCCCAUCACAUUGGAAAGGCAUUUGCCAGCAGGGGGAAUACUUCAACUCCACAAAUUGCAACAAAAAAAUUAUUGGUGCACGCUGGUUUAGAAAAGGUGCGAUGAAUCAGUUCCAAAAUCUCAACAAAACCGACAAUGUGGACUUUCUGUCACCGCGGGAUGGAAUUGGACAUGGCACUCAUACAGCUUCUACAGCAGCUGGGUAUUUUGUGAAGAAUGCCAACUACAGAGGACUUGCUUCCGGGCUAGCCAGAGGAGGAGCCCCUCUUGCUCACUUGGCAAUUUACAAGGCCUGCUGGGCCUUCGAAGGAUGCACCGAUGCUGAUCUUCUAAAGGCAUUUGACAAGGCCAUUCAUGAUGGAGUAGACAUCAUCUCUCUUUCUGUGGGCAAUGAGAUUCCUUUGUUCUCAUACGUUGAUCAGCGUGAUUCAAUCGCAAUUGGUUCGUUUCAUGCAAUGACGAAGGGAAUUACAGUAGUUUGCUCAGCAGGAAAUGAUGGCCCUAUCUCACAAACCAUUGUAAACACUGCCCCAUGGCUCAUCACUGUUGCAGCCACCACAAUCGACAGGGCCUUUCCGACAGCCAUUACACUCGGAAACAAUCAAACUCUUUGGGGCCAAUCUAUUGAUGCUGGAAAAUACAACCGUGAAUUCGCUAGCAUCACAUACUCUGAACGCAUAGCUAUAGACCCAACAGAUGAUUCAGCCAAGGAUUGUCAGCCUGGAAGUCUCAAUGCAACAUUAGCCUCAGGGAAAAUAGUACUUUGUUUCUCAAAAUCAGAUCAACAGGACAUCGAGUCUGCUGCAACCACCGUCAAGGACGCGGGAGGGGUUGGACUUAUAUUCGCACAGUUUCGUGAUGACGGGCUCAGUUCAUGCGACAUUCCAUGCAUCAGUGUAGAUUAUGAAGUAGGGACACAAGUACUUUCCUACAUCAGAAGAGCAAGGCAUUCGAUUGCAAAGCUCAGUGAUCCAAAAACUACCAUUGGGAAAUGGGUCUCUCCACGAGUUGCGUCUUUCUCCGCUAGAGGACCUAGUUCCAUGACACCAGAAGUGCUUAAGCCGGACAUAGCUGCACCGGGAGUAGACAUCAUAGCUGCAUUUCGCCCACUUGACACUGAACAUCGCAGCGGUUAUGCUCUGCUAUCGGGAACUUCAAUGGCAUGCCCUCAUGUCGCAGGAAUAGCAGCUCUCAUUAAAUCUGCACAUCCAAAUUGGUCUCCUGCUGCAAUAAAAUCAGCUCUAGUCACUACUGCUUCCCAAACUGGAACAGAUGGGACAAGUAUUUCGGCUGAAGGCUUGAUGCGCAAGGUAGCUGACCCUUUCGACAUGGGAGGAGGACAUGUUGAUCCCAACAAGGCUAUCGAUCCGGGGCUCAUCUUCGAUAGUAGUACAAAGGAUUACAUUCAGUUCCUCUGCUCCCUCGGUGACACUAGCGCAUCGAUUACUAGAUUAACCAAGAACACAAUAAAUUGCUCAACGAAAAGUCAUGGAAUGAACCUCAACCUCCCUUCUAUCACAAUUCCAAACCUCGAAAGGGCGACAACUGUGACAAGAACCGUGACAAAUGUGGGACAAAUUAACUCGAAGUAUACGGUAUUGGUGCAGGCUCCUUCUGGCGUAAAAAUGACAGUUGAGCCUCAAAGUUUAAGUUUCAAUAUAACCAGCCAAAUUCUUUCCUUCAAAGUUACCUUCUUCUCUGCCCAGAGAGUGAAUGGAGGUUACAAGUUUGGGAGCCUAACUUGGACAGAUGGUGAGCAUAUUGUCAGAAGUCCAGUAGCGAUUCGCGUGAUCGGAUUCGAAUCGUAUGUUUAUGUAUGAGAAAUCUGGGAAACAAUGUGACUGAAUAAUAAAAUUUGAGAUAUAGGAUUGCUCCAAUUUCUGAGAAGGCUUUAGCCUUCAAGCAUA